UCUUCUUGUUUCAUACAUCUUCCCUCUAACAUGAACCCUAUAACCUUAGAAGUCACCAUAAAAUCAGCAGAUGUUUUCAAGAAGAUCAACCGCUUUGGCAAAAUGCAGCUCUACACAACGGCGACGUUACACGGCAGCAACCGAGGCUCACCCGCGGAGUGCCGAACCAAGGCCGACGGGCUCGGAGGCUCUCGGCCAUUGUGGGAUACGCUCGCGAGUUUUCGCGUCGAUGAAUUCGAAAUUGACGCUGACAGGCUUGUGCUGGUUUGUGAAGUCAAGUGUAAAAAGUCCCUAGUCCCAAAUAGAAGUAUUGGGACGGUCAAUAUCCCAGUAAAAGAGUUGUUUCAGCAGAGCCACCAGCGGCAAAGCUUCUUUCCGGAGGAAGAAGAUGUGGCGUUUGUGAUCAGUUCUGAAAUGGGGAAACCGAGAGGAGUUCUCUAUCUGUCUUAUCUCUUUAGAAUUAAUGGUUUGGUUGAUUUUUCUCCUUUUCAUGCCCCUUCUGCACCUCCCUUAUGCCCUUCUCAAGAAGAUGUGGAAUGAAAUACUUCGUAUAAUAUAAUCUUCUAUAUAUGCAUGACCAAUUUUGUUUCUCAUUUCUACAUGAAGCAUAUAUUGGUCACUAGAUUCAGGAUAUUGUUAAAUUAUUGCAUGUUAAACAUUAUUGUUUACCUAUUAGCCAGUUACCCAAUUACAUUGCCACUUUUAAA